GUAGGGACGACGAUACCAUGCCCCAGUUUCGCUGCCGAUGUUCGCUCGAGGGCCGGUGGGCGUCUUCUCCGGGGCGCUCAGGUGUCCUGAAGGGCAGGCGCUGCCCACACGUCCGAGCGCUCGUCCGGCGCGCGGCCAGCCGGUCCGGCGCUUCCCUGGUUCCUGCAGGAGGCGGCCCGCCAGACGGCAGCACCGCCCGCCCGUCUGCCGGCGCAUCAGCGCGCUCCUCUCGGCGCCAGAGGCUGCAGCUGGAAUCCCGACACUUUCUCCCGGCGGUGGCAAGGUCGGCGGCUCAUCUUCUGCAGCCGGGGGUGCGGGGUACGCCCCCGUUGCCCGUCCCCCGGCGGCGCCCCUCGGCACACCGCCGGCGGCCGGCUAUAAAGGAGCGGGCCGGCCGUCCGAGAGACACACUGGAGUGGCGGCAGUCUACUCAGGUCAUCCACCGAGCACUCCCUGAGAAUGUGGCGCAUUCUGGUGUCCGCUCUGCUGGUGACGCUGGCUGCCGGCCAGCUGGAGAUUCCCGACAGCUACCUGCCGCCCAAGUGCCCCGAGGGCAAGACCAUCACGAGCACCAGCACGCAGGUGCAGGUGACCACCGUGGAGCGCACCGUGGUGUCCACCAUCUCGCAGACCCAGCAGGAGCAGACCACCGUCACCAAGGUGGUGCCGAGCACCGUGCGCGUCACCAACACUCAGCGCGUCACCAGUGCCGUCGUCAAGAGUGUCGUGGGCACCCGCCAGAUCACCCAGACGGUCACCAGCACCGUCACCGCGCCCGGCAGCACGGUCACCAACACGCAGACCCAGGUGCUCACCACUACCAGCGUGGUCAGCCAGCAGCGGACCAGCACCCGGGUGGAGCAGCGCACCAGCAUCGUGUCGCAGCAGGUGCGGAGCACGGCGCGGCUCACCUCGACGGCCACCCGGCGCGUGGACUCGGUGGUGGCCGUCACCAGCACGCAGGUGGUGCCCGGCAGCACGGUGCAGCGCGUCAUCACCUCGCAGGUGGAGCAGACGCGCGCGGUGACCUUCCAGCCGCCGCCCCAGUACCGCACCGCCACCAGCAUCCUGGUCCGCACCGUCACCAGCACGUCCGUCGCGCCGGCGCAGACCGUCACCCGCACCCAGACCAUUACCAGCACCAGCGCGGUGACGCUGACGGCGACCGUCACCAGCACCAGUCAGGUGACGGUGCCGCGGGUGGUCACCGAGACGCGGCAGACGCAGAGCACGCGCCAGGUGGCCACCACGGUGAUCAGCUACCGGACCGUCACCAGCACGCAGACGGUGCCCAAGUACGUGACGGAGACGCGCACGGUCAUCUCCACGCGUCCGGUGGUGCUCACCCAGACCAGCACGGCCGUGGUCACCGUGCCCGGACGGGACGUGGUGCGCACCAUCAGCGUCAAAAACACCAAGACCGUGCCGGUGCCGGGCAAGGACGUGUACGUCACCAAGGCCACCACCAUUGUGAAGACCAGCACGUCGGUGGUGGUGUCGACCAGCAUCCAGCCGUCCACCGUCUACAAGACCAGCACCGUCACCAAGUCCUGCGAGGGCUACAAAUACGACACGCCCGACAACCCGCUGCUCUUCUAGACCACCCGCCGCACCAGUCGCCGCUCCGCCGAGGAACCACACUGCGAGCACAAGGCCGAGCGCCAAUAAGUUAUGAGUGUGCCGUAUGGUUGUAAGCCACGAUGAAUAAGCGCUUGCUGUGACCCAUGAUCAUCUGUUGAGAUAUUUUAGCGACGGAUUCAGUGCCUGGGAAUAAAUAUAUGUAAAAAAGAAAUCGAACAUAUCGAAUGUAUGACUUAACAUGCAUCGUAACAGCAAUUUAUUAGAUGCCAACGGUUAGCUCGACAAGCAAAGGAUGAGUCGCCUGCUGUUGCUGCUGGGCCUGGUGGCCGCCAGCUGCGCCGCGCCGCAGGAGCUGGCUGACGGCUACCUGCCGCCGGAGUGUCCGGAGCCCAAGGAUGCCACCGUCACCAGCACGGUGGUGUCGAGCUCGCAGUAUGAGCGGGUCCGCACCAGCAUCCAGCAGCAGAUCGUCACCGUGACCCGCACGCAGACCAAGGUCGAGCCGCGGCUGACCACGCUGACCACGGCCGUGACGCAGACGGUGCCCGUCACGCAGACCAGCAGCACGGUGGUGACGCAGACGCAGAGCAAGCAGGUGGUGCGCUCGGUGCCGGGCCCGGUGGUCACCCGGCGCGCCACCGUCACCUCCACGCAGCGGGUGGUCAGCACCAACUACGUGACCCGCACCGUGACCAGCACACAGCUGGUGACCAGCACCAUCCGGCAGACGGUCACCAGCACCGUCACCGUCCCCGUCACAACCACCGUCACCAACAUCGUCUCCCGCAGCAGCGUCAUCACCCGACGGCUGCCCGACCAGACCCAGGUCAACACCGUCACCCGCACCCGCACCGUGACCAGCACGAGCACCCUGCCCGCGCAGACCGUCACCAGCACCGUCUCGCAGACGAGCACGCAGACGCGGUCGACGACCGUGCAGCCGCCGCCGCGCACCGUGUCCACCGUCUCCACCCGAGCGCUGGUCACCACCGACCGCGCCACGCAGACGCGCGUGCUCACCAACACGCUGACCUCGACGCAGACGACGACCCGGACGGUGACGCAGACGGUGACGUCCACGUCCGUGGUGCAGCAGGUCAGCACGGCCACCUCGCAGGUGCAGGUGACGGCCACACAGACGACCCAGCGGGUGGUGACGCGCACCGUCACCAACACCGAGUACCGCACCUCGGUGGUGACGAGCACCAGGUCGGCGGCCGGGCGCACGCAGACGUCCACCAACACCCAGGUGGUGACGGUCACGCAGCCGCUGCCGGGCACCACCAAGACAGAGUACAGCACCGCCGUGGUGGACAGGGUGAUCCGCACGACCAGCAUCCAGGUGCGGCCCGUGGUCACGACGCUGGUCAAGACGGAGACGGUCCAGGCGCCCUGCGGAUACAACUACGACGAGCCAGAGAAGAAGUUCGAAUACUAGGCGGGCCCGCGCCGGCCCAGUCCGUCUAUCAUCCGAUACCGUUCGGGGAGCAGCUGCCUGCGCCGCCGGACGGUGGCGGCACGCACUCUCCUGCUCUUCACUGAAUUCAUUUAUUGGAGCAUAAAUUAUUGUCAUGGGGUCAAAGACGAUCAGCAGGCGCAUAUUCAGCGUGGCGUAUGAACGGGCAGCGUGCGAGGUGUGUACUGGACUCGUGGCGACAACUGCAGUGAUAAUACAACGUACGAACGACCUA